UAUAAAAACAAGUAUGCUUUUCUCUUGUUUUUUUUUAUAUAUUUAACGUGAGAUUUCAGCUGAUAUAGGACAUUUUUAAGAUCGUCUCAAGUAGGUACUAGCUAUCAGGCUGCAAGAAAGUUAACGAAAAUCGUAAGAUUACAAAGUAAAUUACGAUUUUUAACGUUAACGAUUUUUUUUAAUAUUUGCUUUAAUCAUAUAAAGUGGUUUUUAAAGUACGAAGUUAUUACCAUAAUGUGCUCAUGUUUUAUGAUUAUGCUCAUGUCUUUGGUCAUUAUAUGCCCUAAUUUAUAACCUUAAUUAAAUUAGCUAACUUGUGUCGUUAAGUUUGCCGCAUAUAAAAGAUGCUUUAUAAAAUCCAUAAGUAUUUUUGGUGUUAGCUACAUUGUAUUGUAAUAAUAAACGCAUUUGACAAUAUUGGACACAUAAUUAUCUAGAUUACGUCCCUGUGUAAUAUCGUGUAUAAUCUCUUUGUACGGCGAUUGUUAUUAUAAAGUUUAAUAUACUCAAUUACACUGGGUUGCUUCGAAAUAAUGAAACGUUUUCUUCAAUACUUUUUUCUUUCGAUUAAAAUCUCGCCGUUGAAAGGUCACCCCUCACAAAACAUUAUUUUUAUUUUGAUCCCUAAGCUUAAGUCAGACUGAUUAACAAUAAAAGCUUACACGCCCACACCGCCAGGUCCGCAAAAAAAACAUUCAUCUUAAUCCGCAAUAAUGUUCUUAAUAACAGCUUUAAUUUAAUUACAUUAAUAAAAACAAAUUAGUCUCGGUAUCAUAAUACCGAUGCAGUUUAAUCUUUGCCGAAUUCAGAGUAUUAUUAUUAAUUGUGACAUCACAUGUUGAAGACAGUAGCGUGCAACAGAACGCGCCCGGGGCUAUUAUUUUGACAGCAAAAACAAGAUGGCGAGCGAUGAUUGCGCGCGAAAUCGAUCGUCACGAGCGCAUUCCGCACACACUGCACGCGUGCCGGAACAAAAACUACUAUAUGAAAGUAAUUCCCCCUGAGAUGUCUGCUACGCGUAGGUACACAUAAAUAACAUCCUAUUUAGUUUUAUGAUUUGAAAUAUUCGCUGUGAAGUUGGUUGCAGGAAUGCCUGUGCAAUUUUUCGCGCUAGGCGAAGCGCACGCUAAGGUGGAGCCGACGGGCUCGGCGUCCCUCGGCGCGGCGUCCCGUGCGCUGUUUGUGGAGAAAGUGCGCGCCUCCAACGCCGCCUGCCAAGCCGGGGACUUCGCCACAGCUGUUGCCCUGUAUACUGAUGCCUUGACGCUGGACCCUGCCAACCAUAUACUGUAUAGUAACAGAUCGGCGGCGAGGUUGAAACAAGGCCAGUUUGCAGCGGCGCUCCAAGAUGCGACGCGGGCCCGAGAACUGUGUCCAAACUGGCCUAAAGCUUAUUACAGACAAGGUGUAGCUCUACAAUGUCUGGGCCGUCACGGCGAGGCGCUGGCCGCCUUCAGCUCAGGGUUGGGAGUGGAGCCGUCGUCCCGACAGCUGCUGGCAGCCCUAGUGGAAGCAUCCCUCAAGUCCCCGCUCCGGACAACCCUGGAGCCCACCUUCAGGCAGCUGGAAGCUAUGAAACUGGAUCAGUCACCUUUUGUACUGAUUUCGGUGGUCGGUCAAGAGCUGCUAGCAGCAGGGCAAUACCAGGCCGCUGUCACCGUUCUAGAAGCAGCGCUGAGGAUAGGAUCCUGCUCACUCAAGUUGCGGGGUUCAGUCUUCAGUGCGCUAUCGUCCGCUCACUGGGCACUCAGUCAGCUGGACGCUGCUAUCAACUACAUGCAGCAAGACCUCGCCGUGGCCAAGUCUUUAGGGGACACUGCAGGGGAGUGCAGGGCCCACGGUAACCUGGGCGCCGCGUACUUCAGCCAGGGGUCCUACAAGGACGCUCUGACGGCGCAUCGAUACCAACUCGUUUUGGCUAUGAAGUGCAAGGACACUCAAGCAGCAGCAGCCGCACUCACCUCCCUUGGCCACGUGUACACUGCUAUAGGAGACUAUCCCAACGCACUAGCAAGCCACAAGCAAUGCGUGCAACUCGUCAAACAGAUGGGAGACCGGCUGCAGGAGGCGCGGGAGAUUGGGAACGUCGGCGCUGUGUACUUGGCCAUGGGGGAGUUUGACUCGGCGGUAGACUGUCACACGCAGCAUCUCAGGCUGGCCCGGAGACUUGGGGAUCAGGUUGAAGAAGCCAGAGCAUAUUCAAAUUUGGGAUCAUCAUACCACUACAGGCGAAACUUCUCGCAAGCUAUAGCUUACCAUGAGAACGUUUUGAGGAUAGCCCAAAACCUGGGCGAUAGAGCUAUUGAGGCACGAGCAUACGCUGGCUUAGGACACGCCGCGAGAUGUGCCGGCGAUUACGCGCAAGCGAAGAAAUGGCACGAGAGACAAUUGGACGUCGCUUUAGCGGCGAGGGAUAAGGUGGGGGAAGGUCGGGCUUGCUCGAACCUGGGCAUCGUGUACCAGUUGUUGGGAGAGCACGACGCCGCACUCAAGCUGCAUCAGGCACAUCUAUCUAUUGCAAGACAAUUGCAGGAUAAAGCCGGCAUGGGCCGAGCAUACGGCAACAUAGGCAAUGCGUAUUCCGCGGCGGGGUUCUAUGAGCAAGCUAUCAAGUACCACAAGCAAGAGCUGACCAUCUCCAAGGAGGUGCACGAUAGGAGUUCCGAAGCCUCUACGCAUGGGAACCUGGCGGUGGCUUACCAGGCUUUAGGAGCUCAUGAUAUGGCGCUGUUCCAUUAUAGGGCGCAUUUAGGUAUAGCCCGAGAGCUAAAAGACGCAGCGGGCGAGGCGUGCGCCCUCCUCAACCUCGGCAACUGUUUGUCCUCCCGCGGCGAGUUCGCUCAAGCCGUGCCCUACUACGAACAACACCUGAUGCUGUCCCAGGAGCUCGGUGAUGUCACUGCUGAGGCGAAGGCUUGCCACUUCCUGGGCUACGCGCAUUACUGCCUCGGGAAUUAUAGGGAGGCUGUUAGAUACUACGACCAAGACUUAUCCCUAGCCAAAGACUUACAAGAUAAAAUGAACAUGGGGCGAGCCUAUUGCAACCUUGGACUUGCCCACCUAGCUUUAGGGAACCUAGAAACGGCAUUAGAAUGCCAGAAGUACUUCUUAGCGAUAGCUCACAUGACGCAGCACCUUCAAGGGAAGUUUAGAGCUUUGGGCAAUAUCGGAGAUGUGUUAAUUAAAAUGGGGGAUGUUGAAGAGGCCGUCAAGAUGUAUCAAAGGCAGCUUGGAUUUGCAAGACAGGCUCGAGAUCGGUCUUUAGAAGCGGCCGCGUGCGGUGCUCUUGGUCUCGCCAGAAGACUUCAGAGAAGACUCGAUGCCGCUUUGGGACAUCAUACUCAAGAGCUAACUCUACGACAAGAAGCGGGUGAUGCGGCCGGUGAGGCGAGGGCUCACUCACAUUUAGGAGCUGUCCAUAUGGCCUUGGGACAUUACUCUCAUGCAGCAAGAUGUUAUAGAGAACAAUUAGAAAGAGCACAAGAGCUUCAAGAUUGUGCGCUAGAAGCACAAGCGUACGGAAACUUGGGGAUCGCAAAACUUAACAUGGGUCACUAUGAAGAUGCCAUUGGAUAUUUGGAACAGCAACUAGCUAUCCUAGAGCGAGUAAACACGCCAACCUGCCAGCUAGACAAGGCCCGCGCGCUGGGCUCGCUCGGUGAUUGUUACGAUGCGCUCGGCGACCCGGACGAGGCUGCCAAGUAUCAUGAGCAACAUCUGGCAGCCGCUCUCAAGUUAGACAACAAGAGGGAGCAGGAACGGGCCUACAGAGGGCUGGGGUUGAGUCACAAGUCAGUAGGCAGCCUGCAGCAAGCCCUGGUCUGCUUAGAGAAGAGACUGGUGGUGUCGCACGAGCUGGGCGCGCCAGAAGCGAAGGCACAGGCCUAUGGGGAGCUCGGGGGUCUGCAUAUAGCUCUCAACAACCUGGAGCAGGCUGUCCUGUGUCUGGACCAUCAGAAGAAUAUCGCCAAGGAACUGAACAACCAGAUAAUGGAAGCGGAAGCGUGUCACUCACUGGGAGUGGCGCAGCACGCGCUAGGCGACCACGCCGCCGCCGUCAGACACCAUCGCAGUGAGCUUGAGCUCGCACACCGACUUGGCCUUACACAUCUUCAGGCGCGCGCAUGCGGUGGUCUGGGCGCUGCGCACGCGUCGAUGGGUGCGCACGCGGAGGCCGCGCGCUGGCAUGAGUCCCGCCUCAGGCAUGCUACUGCUGCAGGUGACACAAGAGGUCGAGCGCAGGCUCUGGCCGACUUGGGCAGAGCUCAUCUCGCGAUGGGAGCGUGUGGUAGCGCCGUGUCCUAUCUGAGGCAAGCACUGGCUGCAACUGAGGGUCUAGCCGAUGCUGAUGAAGAAGCCCGAGUCCGCCACCGCCUGGGCUUCGCUCUCUGGGCCUCAGGGGAGCUGGAAGAGGCGAAGGAACAGCUGCAAGCAGCCCUCACGCUACUGGAGUCCAGCAGUGACAAACACAGAGAUAGGAAGAUAGCUUCUCUGUACACAUCCACACAGCAUGCCCUACAGAGAGUUCUCGUUGAACUUGGCCGUCACCCCGAAGCGCUAGUGGUAGCAGAAAGGGGGCGAUGUCGAUCAUUGGACGCCGUGACUGAGAAACCCUCCGGUACACUCAACCAAGCCAACCUCGAGUUACAUGCUGCUCAAAGAAACGCGGAAGAUUCUGGCAAGGAGCGCUCUGAGCCUUGGAGCCCGUCCUCCGUGGAACAGGUCUUGGAGGUGGUGAAUAAGCAGAAGGCACCAGUCCUGUACUACAGUCUCGCAGCCGGCAGACUAUACGCUUGGCUAUUGCAGCCACAUAAAGGAAUUCUAAGAUUCCAUCAAGUAUCACUGCUGGAUGAAACCGAAGAUACGGACAACAGUUUGCCUGAUAUCAGCCCAGAUGAUCUUCAACCAAGUAACGUUGGUGGCCUCGGCAAGUUAGAAGACUGCAUCAGUGAGUGGUCUACUUGGCUAAAGGCGAAUGCUGAACGCAGAGCUGACGAAGACCAGUGGGACCCUGAUGACAGACCCAGCACUGGUCUUGCAAGAAUGGUAACACGCAACCACCUCCUGAACUCUUCGAACUACUCGCUGAGCUCACUGUUCAGUGUGGGCUCCGUCGGAGGCUCCGUCGCCGGAUCUGUCGCCAGUCUACAAGGAUCCACCAGGUCUAGUGUCCACGCGCGUAAGAAGCAGCCCUCGUGGCAAGGGCCGCCAUGUCUGUCCGCGCUGUACCAGAUGCUGCUCGCUCCCUUCGAAGAUCUGCUGCCAGCUUCAUGCAAUAAUAACCAUGCAUCCCACGGUCGUCGCGGCUGCGGCGGUCGCCGGGAGCUGAUCGUGGUCGUGGAGGGUGCGCUGUACGCGUGUCCGUGGGGCGCGCUCCGCAGUGCGGCGACCACAGUGGCUGACGGCGAGCCGCUGUGUGAGCGGUACGCGCUGCUAGCCGCGCCCGCGCUCAGGCCGCUCCGACAUCACCGCCAUAUGAAGGCCAGGCCGCAUAAUGAUCAUGGAACGACCCCUGGUGCGGCUAACAACGCGGAGGCAGGCAUGCGCUGCCUGGUAGUGGGCGCGCCGCGGGUGGGGGGCGCGCGCUGGGCAGCGGCGCACGCGCAGCUCAAGGAGGCUGAGCUCGUCGCUGAUAUGCUGAGAGUUACGCCGCUGACGGAUUAUCAGGCAUCAAAAGAAGCAGUGUUAUCGCAAAUAACUCAAGCGGAGUGCAUCCACUUCGCGACACACAUCUGCUGGAAAACACCCGCUAUCGUGCUCAGUCCUGGCGAAGUGGUUGAUUCACAAGCAAAACGAUUACUGAAUACAAGUGUUGGAAGUGGAGCCGCUGACACUUCCACCGAAAACGAAGAAGAAAAUUCGGAACUGCCUCCCAGCAAUGAAGAGCUGCCACCAGCCUCAGAGUUUAUGCUGACCGCAUCGGAAAUCAUGAACUUGAAGAUCACAGCUAGACUGGUGGUUAUAUCAUGUGCGCCGUCAAGCGCAGCACUCCGUGGCUCUGGAGCUGAGGAAGGUGGGGCCGGAGUCCGAGCAGCUGGUGAAGGUGUCUCAGCGCUGUGUCGUGCGCUGCUGGCGGCGGGCGCUCACGCCGUUCUUCUGGCGUUGUGGCCCGCUCCACAGGACACGCCCACCAAGAUCCUCUACCGCGCGCUCUACUCCGCGCUGCUGCAAGGCAGCCGCGUCGCCAAGGCCCUCGGCGAUGCCAUGCAGACAGUCCGUCACACGAAGCACUUCGCGCACCCGGCGCACUGGGCGGGGCUCGUGCUGGUCGGAGCCAACGUGCGCCUCAGCAACAAGGUCGCGCUCAUGGGACAGGCGCUAUGCGAGCUGCUCGCCUCGCCUGAUAAGUGCAGGGACGCGCUGCGAGUAUGCUUGCACUUAGUAGAGAAGUCCCUUCAGAGGAUAGUGAGGGGGCAGAAGAAUGCGAUGUACACCACGCAGAAGAGCAUCGAGAACAAGGCUGGCAUGAUAAACGGCUGGCGGGAACUGCUCAUGAGUGUAGGAUUCAGGUUCGAACCAGCAGCAAAUGGUAUCCCCUCCAGCGUAUUCUUCCCGCAAAGUGAUCCCGAGGAAAGACUGACACAAUGCUCGGCUAGCUUACAAGCUCUUCUAGGUCUAACAUCAACGACACUGCAAGCGCUAUCGAAGUUGAUAUCGAACGGCGACGUGGCGGACGACAUCAUCGGUGUCAUCCGGUCCGUCAUCUCGCAGUUUUCCGUUAAGAACUCCGACACCGAUAUUAUUGAAGUUGCUGUUAACGUCAGGUUAUGGCGUGUGAACGGCUGCCACGAGCUGCUUGCGUCGCUCGGCUUCGACCUGGCCGAGGUGGGGCAGGACGAGGUGACGCUGCGCACGGGCAAGGCGGCCAAUAGGAGACACAUACAGUUCGUGCUGCAAGCCCUACUGGCUUUGUUCGAUACCCAAGAAGCCCCAAGGAGUUUGAGUUUAGAGUCCAGUUCAAGCGUUGAAUCACUGGCAUCCAUCGAUGAUGGUGACUUAGAACCUCAUUCUGAUGGGGAACCACCCCCGAGGCAACAUCGACAAGAGAGCGUAUCUUCAGUACCACCACCGCCACUGCCGCUGGGCUCAUGCGGAGGUGCUUUCACGAUGUACGUGAGAGGGUCCACCGCCUCAACUGAGGUGGGACGUGGGGAACCAGACGGCCGCACGGCCCCGCCGCCUGCGCCACCACCGCCACGCUACCGCGGGGAGAGUGACGCUGCCUUUACACCAUCCCCACCAGCGGCUCCACCAGCGCCCACCUCAGCCCCACCACGAGACGUCUCACUCGCACUCGCACACCAAACCAAGAUCAGGACUCUAUACACUAGGAGACCACCAUCCGAUGACUCAGAUUGGGAAAGCUCGGGUCAUGAUACUGUUCUACGUAGGAGACCUGAACACGCCCACGCGAGGUACUUAGAUGCCUUCUACGAUUUAGCCUCAGCUCAGCCUCGAAGAUCAGAAGAAGAAAAAACCGAGCCAGCGAUUGCUCAGCCAUCAACUUCCAAGCGUGCACCGAGACCUAAAAUGGGAACAAGUAGUCGCGACUCCAUGGCUCAAGUUAGACACAUGAGUGGAGAACUUACGCCCACCAUUUCUGAGGUCUACCAUGAGAGAAACAUAGGACUUGGUUUAGCUCCGCCGCUAGCAGAACUUCUACUAGCCGAAGAGUCGAAGACAGAGAUGAGAGCUGCCAGUUCCAGCGAGAAUCUGCUCCUGCAGAACUUAGAAAAACUCGGCCUGUUAGGCGACGCGAGUGAAAACGAGGAACGUUGGUGCGGAACGAACUCUUCACGCCCUUGGCUAUCCGCGCCACCUCUAGAGACUGACAUGCAAGGCUCAGAUUUAACGACAGCUGAAAUAAUAGAGAGACAGACGAAGUUUAAGAAAGACGCAGAGCCAAAGAGAAAAGAGGAAAACGCUUACGAGCUCAAACCUAAAGAAGAAACACCGGGACCGAGCGGGAUAGAAAAACGAUCCGUGUCCCCGUUCUCUGAAAUGUCUCGCCGGGAUGAGGGGGAUGGCAGGAGCAUCGCGGACUCCCACUCGUCGUACAAGGCUCUAGUGCUGAGUCCCCGGACUCCAUACCUCCCGGAAGAAGGCGAGGCUUCCAUCAGCUCAGCAGCGGAAGGUGGGAAGACCCACCCCCGCCCGCGCCGCCCGCCCGUCCCCCGCACUCGCCCUACAUACACAACACUAGACUUUCCACCGAGUAAAUGAUUAAGACUUGUACAUUUCCAUGUAACUAACCUAGGAUACUUUUGAUGUGAGUGUAAUUUAUUUGUAUUGAGUGAGUGAACUUAAUAAGGCUAUGACAUAAUAAAGUUUAUAAAUACUAUGU